UGUCCCUUACAACUUAAUUCAUAUAUAUAUGUAUAUACAAGUAGAGUAGACAAAUAUAAAUUUGGCUUAAUCUCUCAUAUUAAGGACCAAGUUUCUGCAAAGCUAAUUCAGGGAUUGAAAAUGAAGCGAAAGAUUGUGAUCAAAGUGCCGAUGCAUAAAGACAAGGACAAAUCCAAAGCCAUGAAGAUUGUUGUCGCUGAAGAAGGAGUGAUCUCAGUGAGUAUCGGAAAAGAAAAUGAUGUGCUUGAAGUGAUCGGAGAAGGGGUUGAUUCUGUGUGUUUGGCCAAAUCUCUUAGGAAGAAAUUCUGUUUUGCUGAUAUUGUAAGCGUUGCGGAAGUUAAGCCGCCGGCGCCGCCAUCGCCGGAAAAGUGCCUCCUGCAACCUUGUUUCUACCCGCCAACACCCUUGUACGAGUGGCAGUAUUAUGAUCGGGGACCUACUAAUAAUUGCUCCAUUAUGUAACUAACUUAAUUAUACUAUCUUGUUUUCAACUUUUCAAGAAUCGACCUCUCAUUUUAUGUCCUCGUCUCUUAUC